AUGCAUCACUUGAAUAGAUCAUCUCUAGAGGAGUACGAUAAAUUCGAAGAAGAAAAUCAUGAAUUUGGGAGUCUAGAUAGAGCGGACCAAAUAAUUCAAACCCAUAUUAACGACGAUGGGACUACUUCUAACUAUUUCGAUAAGAGAAAGUUAAAGAUAGCGCCGCGCUCAACGCUGCAGUUUAAGGUUGGGCCUCCAUUCGAGUUAGUCGAUAAUUAUAGUACUGUUUUCGAGACAAGUACUUCGGAACCUAUACUUUUCCAACUGAAUCCACGCAUUGACAGAGGUUUCGAUUUCAUUGAUGAUGAAUGGGUAGGCUAUAAGAGAAAUUAUUUUACAUUGGUCUCCUCUUUUGAAACACCGGGAUUGGAACUUGUUGCAUUCUUGAAUGGUUCUUACAGUAUUCAAUUGCAUAAUACUAAUGCUAUUCCAGAUGUUAAAGUAAAAUAUUUUGCAGUAAAGAUAAAGGCGAAAAGUGACGAUGACCAAACCGAGAUCUCCUUGGUACAACACACCGCUAAGAGGGAUAAAGGUCCCCAGUUCACCCCUGCCACUACUCCAUUAAUUCCAUCGGAGCUUCCUCAACAUCAGAUUAUUAGGGAGGCCUCCAAUGUGAGAAAUUUCGAUAAGAUGAGAAAAUAUGACUCGACUUUUUUCUUCCAUAGAGAUAGGAAUCCAGAAGAAUACGACGUCAAUGGUAUUGUUUCCUCGUAUCCCAUUGAAUGCAUUCAAAAAGUAGCUCGGUAUGAAAGAGUCCAAUUUGCAUCUUCUAUUAAUGUUAAGAAGCCAUCGCAGCAAAAUAAGCAUUUCCGUCUUCAUAUAAUAUUGGGAGCCGUCACUUCUCCACCUAGUGAUUUGAGCCCUUACGCAGCAUAUAACAGUUCUCUAAACAUGUGCGAUGAGGAAGUUCUCGAAGAUGGAACAAGAGAGUAUUUUGUUCCUUUACAAGAAAUGCAAACUCCGCCGCUGAUAAUUCGAGGCAGAUCUCCAUCAAAUUAUACUUCAUCGCAGAGAAUUGCUGUUAGAACAAAUUCAUCAUUGAGUCUAGGCAAAAAGAGCUCUGCAUCACCAAACAAUCCUAUCUUGACCUCUCAGCAACCCGUAUCAUCACCGAUAAGUUCAUCGCCGCUGAAGAAGAAAGUUGGUAGGCCUGCGAAGAGAGGUGCAAAGGUUAGUGAACCUACAUCAGUACCUCCUUCAGUGGUUAAAACCAACAUAAAGGAAGCUGGCUAUCGAGCCUCUAGACGGGUGGAGACAAUAGAGCAUAUUGAGCGGUUGUACAAGGAAGGUUCAUCUAUAGGUCUCAGAAAAAGUGACAGUACAGACAGAUACUCAAAUGAAAAUGUGGAAGAUGAAUCUAAGAGACCAAGGCUAUCAAGAAAUAGCUCUAUCGAUCCGAGAGAGAUUGAACUAAAGCCGUCAAGCUUUGAACCAGACGAAAAUGUCUAUAUAGUUGGAUCGUUAGCAUUAACAGCAACGCUGAAAUCGCAGCGAGUCGAGAAGAGUGUCAAGAGAAGAAAAACUGAUGAACAAUCAACUUCUAAGAUGCCCGAAUUGCAAGCUGCUAUCAAGGCAAACCAAGCCUCUCUUCUUUCACCCAGAUCUUUAUCUUCACAUUCAGCUACUAAAUCCCCUGAUCCGCAGUCCCCAAUAGAUGAGACUCAAAUAGAGCAAUCGUUUGAAGAUUCCCUAAGCAAUGGGCUCCACUCGAUAUCGCUUUCCAUGCUCAACGAAACGUCAUCCAAUUACUGUCAUGUCACCACUACCGCUCAUUCAGAAGAGGAAAACAUACCGCGAACAUUUACUCGAAUCAUUGGCGAGACCUCUUUUACAAAUUUAUACACUUACAAGCAAGAGGUUCGAAUACCAGAGAGUAUUUCAACGAAGGAUGUUAACAAUUUACCAUCUCAAGUCGAAGAUGGCAAUUUCUAUGAAGAGCUCAGCUUCUAUAGGCACUAA